AUGGAAUGGACAUGCUCUUUAGGUUUUCCGUCUCGCACACUUCGUUUUAGCCGCAAACUCCACCCAACCACCACCGAUCGAAAUACCGCAGAAAGCCGUUCCCUGAAAAAAAAACAGUGCCCACCUCGCCUCCUCCCACCUCCACCUCCGCGCAGAUCCCAUCUAACCAUGGCGGCCCCCUCCCGCACCUCCUGGGCCGACGUUGCCGACGCUGAACCGGCCCCUCCUGCUCCCGUUCCAGCGGCGGCGCCUGCCACAUCCAACGGCCCCGCGCGUGCCGACCGCUCCUCUUACGUCCCUCCCCACCUCCGCAAUCGCUCCUCCAACGCGCCUCCGGUGUCCUCCGCUCCACCCCCGCGCGCCGCGCCCGGCCUCCUCGGCCGCCCCACCGGCGGCGUCGGUGGGAGGUUCGGGGGAGGCGGGGCCCCACCUCGUAGGUGGGACCGGGAGCCCAACCCUUUCGGGGACGAGGAGGAGGUGCCGGCGGAGCCCGUGCCUUUCGACGAGCACCAGAACACGGGGAUCAACUUUGAAGCGUACGAGGACAUCCCCGUCGAGACCAGCGGCCGGGAGGUUCCGCCCGCCGUGGGCACGUUCGCGGAGAUCGACCUCGGCGCCGCGCUGAACGACAACAUUCGCCGGUGCAAGUACGUGCGGCCCACGCCCGUGCAGCGCCAUGCCAUCCCGAUCUCGCUGGCUGGGCGAGAUCUCAUGGCUUGCGCGCAGACUGGAUCGGGGAAAACGGCCGCCUUCUGCUUCCCCAUCAUCAGCGGCAUCAUGCGGGGCCCGCCCAUGCAGCGGUCACAGCGGGGCGGGAGUAGGACCGCCUGCCCUCUUGCCCUCAUCUUGUCGCCCACAAGAGAGCUGUCAAUGCAGAUUCAUGAAGAGGCGAGAAAAUUUUCAUAUCAGACAGGUGUCAGGGUAGUGGUUGCGUAUGGCGGGGCCCCUAUUACCCAGCAGUUGAGAGAUCUUGAGAGGGGUGUUGACAUUCUUGUGGCUACUCCUGGUCGUUUGGUUGAUUUACUGGAAAGGGCAAGAGUAUCCUUACAGUCGAUUAGAUACCUUGCCCUUGAUGAGGCGGAUAGAAUGCUGGAUAUGGGGUUUGAGCCGCAAGUUCGGAGAAUUGUUGAGCAAAUGGACAUGCCUCCACGAGGUGUCAGGCAGACGUUAUUGUUUAGCGCUACAUUCCCGGGAGAAAUACAGAGAAUGGCAUCUGACUUUCUGGAGAACUACAUAUUCCUGGCUGUUGGAAGGGUCGGGUCAAGUACUGAGUUGAUUGCCCAGAGAGUUGAGUUUGUACAGGAGGCAGAUAAAAGAAGUCACUUGAUGGAUCUGCUCCAUGCGCAAAGAGACAGUUCAGAACAAGGGAAGCAAGCUCUCACACUUGUCUUUGUGGAGACCAAAAGGGGUGCCGACUCACUGGAGAACUGGUUGUGUACGAAUGGAUUUCCAGCGACUUCUAUUCAUGGUGAUAGAAACCAGCAGGAAAGAGAAUAUGCUUUGAGAUCCUUCAAGAGUGGUCAAACUCCAAUUCUAGUUGCAACUGAUGUGGCGGCCCGGGGCCUCGACAUUCCUCAUGUUGCUCAUGUUGUGAACUUUGAUCUCCCCAAUGAUAUUGAUGACUACGUACACAGGAUUGGUCGUACAGGGAGGGCAGGAAAAAGUGGAAUUGCGACUGCUUUCUUUAAUGACAACAACUCUUCGAUGGCAAAGUCUCUAGCUGACCUAAUGCAAGAAUCUAAUCAGGAGGUACCUGCAUGGCUUACUCGCUAUGCAGCUCGCCCAUCCUAUGGUGGUGGUGGUGGAAGGAACAGACGUGGUGCCGGAGGUGGGAGCCGCUUUGGUGGCCGUGACUUCCGUAGGGAAUCUUCUUCCUUUGGCAAGGGUGGUGGCGCCAGUGACUAUGCUGGAGGCAGCAGCUACGGGGGUGGUGGCUAUGGUGGUGCUGGAGCUCCCAGUGCCUGGGAUUAA